ACAUUACUAUGGUUUCAAGACAGCGAAGCCAGUGACAUAAGAAUUUUCAAGCUGAAAACAACGUACAUCAUGGCUGAAGGAGCUGUUGCGGCCGAGAAACCGCUGAAUCGACGAAAGGCGGUCCCAGUGCUCUUCCUACAGGGCUCACACUAUGACGUCGGUUUUGACAUGGGGCGGACGUUCUCGUCCAUCAUAAAGAGCUUCAUUGCCAGCUAUCAAAAUCUGAGGGACUUUGAAAAGGAAUACAAGACAGAUGCCGGAAGGGAUGCGUACGACAAGACUCUCGCCAAUAUGAAACAACGAUACCCCUAUUACGUGAAGGAAAUGCAGGGGAUCGCUGAUGGAGCGAAGGUGCCGUUUUAUCAGCUAUUCCUCCUGCAAAUGGACGACCUGAUCGGCACCAUCAACGACAACCACAUCCCCCGCAACGACACAGGCGGCUGCAGCUCAUUAGCCAUCAAAACUGAGGAUAAUUUCAUAUUGGGACAUACAGAGGACGCCUUCGGUGAGACUCUGAACCACUUCUACAUCGCGUCCGUCCAUAUAACACCAACUCCAGAAGAUGCAGCAGCAGGUGCCACUGAGGAGAGGUUCGCAUCCCUUUGCUACGCUGGCCACCUGCCGGGCUACACUAUGGGUUACAACAACAACGGUCUUGUAUUCUCCAUCAACACACUCAGCCCGAUGAUACUGAAGCCUGGUAACACCCCGCGUACCUUCAUCACGCGUGCUCUACUAACGGCAAAGAAUAUGGCUGACGCCGAGAGGAUCUUGAAGGACGAAGGGUUGGGCAUCGGGAACGGUUUCUCCGUGAACAUGAUAUGGACGGACGAGAAGUGUCAGAGGCAGAUAUACAACGUGGAAGUGGCCCCGGACCUAAACUCCAACAGCUCCAUGUUGAACAUUCAUAACUUCGACAAGGAACCACUGAUUCACACCAACAAAUACCUACGUCUACCUCUGAAGGAAGUGAUCGGUCCUAUAAUAGACAGCAGCAACGCGCGUCUAGAGACCAUCCACUCUCAUCCCGUGCCAAAAAGCGAUAGUGACAUCAAGAACAUACUGUCCGACACCGAGAACAAGGAGUUUCAGGUGUUCCAGGAGAAAACGGACUCCAUCAUCAAGACUAUUGCUGCUGGCCUCUUUGACUUGAAUAAGAUGACUUGGAGUAUCUACAUCAACAAGCCGAGCAUUUCUGAGCCGGUUGCGGUCCUGCCCAUCCACUUCUCAAAUCUCAAGACAUGCGGUUCCUGCUAAAUUAUAUUAUUAUCUAGGGUUGUGCAUUGAUGAUACGUCCAAAUGGCCGGUUAGGACUCCAAAAAAGAACAUACCAUAAAAAGGCCGGCAAUGCACACCAUCACUUAGUAUUGCUAGAAGAGUGCCUUAAAUUAUUAAAGUUGUUAUAAAACUUGUAUUUAUAAAAAAAAAAUUACAUAAAUACGUAACUACAGUAAGUUUGUCCGUCAUAGUUUUAAGCAUUUAUCGAAUUAUUUAUAAGCAUCUAAUUUACACUUAUCAUUAAAUACAAAAUAUUUUAAGCAAUAAUUAUU